AUGGUUGAUCAGAAAAAAGCGACGAAGACUGCUCAGGGUUUCCUCACCGACUUUAUGAUGGGCGGUGUGUCUGCCGCCAUCUCCAAGACGGCUGCCGCCCCCAUUGAGCGUAUCAAGCUCCUCAUCCAGAACCAGGAUGAGAUGAUCAAGCAGGGUCGUCUUGCCAGCCCUUACAAGGGUAUCGGUGACGCCUUUAUGCGCACCUACAAGACUGAGGGUCUCGCCUCGUUCUGGCGUGGUAACGCGGCCAAUGUGAUCCGUUACUUCCCUACCCAGGCGCUCAACUUUGCGUUCAAGGACUACUUCAAGUCUAUGUUCAAGAUUUCCAAAGACGCUGCUUACGUCAAGAAGCUCGGUGCCAACCUUGCCUCUGGUGGUGCCGCCGGUGCCUCUUCGCUUGUUUUCGUGUACUCGCUCGACUAUGCCCGUACCCGUCUCGCCAACGACGCCAAGUCUGCCGCCAAGGGUGGUGCGCGCCAGUUCAACGGUCUCAUUGACGUCUACCGCAAGACGCUUGCCACGGACGGUAUUGCCGGUCUUUACCGUGGUUUCAUCCCGUCGGUCGUUGGUAUCAUUGCUUACCGUGGUCUCUACUUUGGUCUCUACGACUCGCUCAAGCCCGUUCUCCUCCCCGGUGAGCUCUCAAACAACUUCCUUGCCUCGUUCAUUCUCGGUUGGUGCGUUACUACCGCUGCUGGUCUUGCUUCGUACCCGCUCGACACCAUUCGUCGUCGUAUGAUGAUGACUUCGGGUGGUAAGACGCACUACAAGAACAUGUUUGACGCUGCCCGUGUCAUUGUCGCAGGUGAGGGUAUUAGCUCGCUCUUCAAGGGUGCGGGUGCCAACAUUCUCCGUGGUAUUGCCGCUGCCGGUACGAUCUCUGGUUACGACAAGCUCCAACAGGUCAUGUUUGGCAAGGUCUACAAGGGUGGCUCUGGUUAA